AUGUUUUCUUCGGGCUCGGGCGAUGCCAAAGGGCGGCAGACAUCGGGCGGCAAGUCGUCCUUCUUCUCGCGCCGUCACCACAAGGACAAGCACAACGAACACGUGCCUGACAGUCCCUCGCUGCCAUCGAACUGGUCGCAAAAUCCCCUACCACCUGUGCCUCCUCCGCACCAACAACAACAUCAGUAUCAGCAGCCUCCUUCAUCGUCGCAUUCGCAUUCUUCGCGUCACUCUAUCGACCAUGGCGCUGGCCUCAUGACCGCCAUUCCCUACGACAGCGUACAGCGAGAUACCAGGUCGCCAGUACGUGUUGAUUACCUACCAGAGAACAACUCACAACUGCCUGCUCCGCCACGGCCGCCGCAACAUGCAUCGCAAUACUCGCUGGCCAGUACCGGUCGGACAAGCUCUUACGAAAACUCGAUACACUCGCAGUAUGACCAAUAUCCUGCUUCGGACAGGGCCAGCGUACGCUCUAGUCACAGCCAUCGCACGUCGAUAUCCAUGCACCCCCAACAUUCGCCGUCUUCGUUCCCAAAUAUGUCGCUCGACUCGACCACCCUUCUACCACAAUUAGCUCCUUCAUCCACUCGUGGAUCUCAACAGAACGGCUUUCUUAGCGCCAAUCAGCCGUCAGCCUUCAGUUCUACCGCAUCCUUCACGCCCGAUGGAUUCAAUCUACAACGACCGUCUGACGACCGCAUCAUCGAAAAGGAGUUUUUGGAACUCAUGCACAAGCGUGGGUGGAAGAGUUUGCCUGAACAGGCACGAAGACAGAUGGAAGCAUACCCUAUAAACAAGAAAUGGACUUUGGUGCAUCAGGACAGACUGGCCGAGUGGCAGGGCGAACAAAAGAGACGCAUGCACGCGAGGUCAACAAUCAACGCAGACUCAAGUCUGGGUAUACUCGGCCGCGCGGAUGAGGAAGGGAGUCCAGAAUGGUAUGUUCGCAAAGUUCUCGACAACUCGAUCAGCGCGAAGCAAUUGCAAAGUUUGUCCGUCAGUCUGCGUACCCAGCCUAUAGGAUGGGUCAAGGCAUUUGUGGAAGCACAGGGUCAAGUUGCCUUAGCAAACGUGCUCGGCAAAUACAAUCGCAAGCAGACGACAGGCCCGACAAAUCCCACAGUUAACGACAAGGAUUUGGACCGCGAAUACGAUAUUGUCAAAUGUCUAAAAGCAUUGAUGAACAACAAGUACGGAGCGGAUGAUGCUCUCGAACACGCUCCUAUCGUUAAUGCCCUCGGCGCAUCCCUUAUAUCUCCUCGACUCAACACGAGAAAACUCGUCAGUGAAGUGCUCACCUUCUUGUGUCAUUGGGCAGAAGGACGCGGCCACCAAAAGGUUCUCCAAGCUCUGGACUCGCUUAAGUCUACGCAAGGAGAAAAUGGCCGCUUCGAUGCUUGGAUGCGCAUUGUCGAGGUCACCGUUGACGGUAGAGGCAAGAUGGGUAGCUUGGUCGGAGCCAGUGAUGAGGUCCGCAGUGGUGGUAUUGGUAUGGAGAACUUGCUCAUGGAAUAUGCGGUCGCAUCUCUGUUCCUCGUCAACAUGAUUGUUGAUGCGCCAGAGAGAGAUUUGCACCUACGAUGCCAUAUUCGCGCGCAGUUCACAGCAUGCGGCAUCAAGCGUAUCCUCAACAAGAUGGAGCAGUUCCAGUACGAUAUCAUCGACAAGCAAGUUGAGAGAUACCGGGCGAACGAGAUCAUCGAUUAUGAAGAUUUGCUCGAAAAGGAGAAUCAAGUUGAUGGUCAAGAUCCAGAACCUCAGGAUUUGAACGACCCUGUGCAGAUUGUCCAGGCAAUCAUGUCCAAGGUGGACGGAAGUCACUCGGCAGAUUACUUCGUAUCUUCUUUGCAGCAUUUGUUGCUUAUCAGAGAUAACGAGGCUGAGGACAGGCUUCGCAUGUUCCAGCUUGUGGACGCCAUGUUGAGUUAUGUAGCCAUGGACAGGCGGUUACCUGAUAUGGACCUCAAGCAGAGUCUCAACUUUACUGUUCAGAGUUUGAUGGACAAGCUGUACACAGACUCUGAAGCUCGACAAGCGAGAGAUGAAGCCUUGGAAGCUCGUCAGAUUGCCGAAUCGGCACUGGCUGAGCGUGAUGAAUUGAGAGCUCAACUUGAGCUUGGUGCCGAUGGCUUAGUCAAGAAGCUCACCCGCCAGCUCGAAGAGCGCGAUUCGGUCGUCCAGAUUCAACAACGCCAAAUCGAAAGUCUUAAAGCAGAAUUGGCAGAAGUUCAGCGUGUCAGAGCUUUGGAGCUGCAACGCAACGAGCUUGAGACCAGAGAGCUGUAUCUUAUGCUGCGUGAUGCUCAAGAUAUUGCGGCGUCCUCAGCAAAGAAUGGAACCAAGAAUGGUACAGUUGCUGAUCCUGUCCAGAUGCAAGGCAUUCUGGAUCGUGAAAGGCUCAUGGACCGCUUGGAGAUGCAGCUUGAGAGAGCAAAGACACAGGCAAAACUUGAAGGCAAAGUCUGGCAACAGGUUGACCCCUCAGACAAGCUUCGUGAGUUGCGUGAGAAGAUGGAUGGCCCAGGUGGACCGACCAGUGCGAUUCCUGAUAGCUUGCCCGAUGGCUAUAUCGGAAGUGUUUCCAGGACACAAAGAGGCGGCAUCACUCGCAAGCCACUUCCUAGUCAAUCUCAACAAGAUGGUGACGAGUCUCUGGAUGAAGACGAUGAAGAUGCUACUGUUUAUGAGAAGCCUCGCAUUGUUGAGAUGAAGCGACCAAAGAUUAGCUCUGCUCACGCUCAGGCUGGUUAUCUUAACGACAUUGUUAGUAAGGUCCGCCGUAUUGACGCAAGCGAUGACGAAGAGGACCGCACAGUCACUGGUCCUUCAGGCUCUAGGAACGUCUCCUCCCAGUCUAGACAUGUAUCGUCGCAGUCCAGACACGUCUCCUCUCAUUCGAGAAAUGGCUCUGCCCAGCACGUUAGAAAUCCUUCUGCUCAGCAUGUCAGAAAUCCUUCUGCUCAGCUCGUAGCAGAUGGCGAGCCCAAAUUCGACGGCGCAAUCCCACCACCUCCUCCACCUAUGCCAGGCUUUAAUGGAGCAGAAGCUCCGCCGCCACCUCCCAUGCCUGGUUUCAAUGGUGCUCCUCCACCUCCACCUCCGAUGAUGCCAGGGUUCAGCGGAGCAGCUCCUCCUCCGCCUCCCCCCACCGCCAGGAAUGGCUGGAUUCUCUACUGGUGGUCCACCACCGCCACAAAUGCCUGGUUUCUCUGGUCCACCUCCCCCUCCUCCGCCAGGUAUGCCUGGGUUCUCUACCGGCGCUCCUCCCCGCCUCCACCUAUGCCUGGCUCUCCCAUGCCUGGAUUUGGUGGUCCACCACCUCCCCCUCCACCAGGCAUGCCAGGCAUGACAGCUGGAGGACCUCCGCCACCACCUCCCCCGCCAGGAGCGCCUCCAAUGCCUGGAGCCAGACGAGGUGGAUUCUUGCCUCAAGCUCAAUAUGCAGCUACCUCUACCAUUGGUAUGGGUGUUGCAAGACCCAAGAAGAAGCUCAAGGCUUUGCAUUGGGAGAAAAUUGAUGCUUCAGAAUUCACCAUGUGGGCUUCACACGCACCUACACAUGAGGCGAAGGAAGAGAAGUACGCCGAACUUAGUAAGAAGGGUAUCCUGGAUGAGAUUGAACGUCUCUUCAUGGCCAAGGAGAUCAAAGCAAUCGGCAAGAAGGAGAAGAAGAGCGACAAGAAACAGAUCAUGCCUAGUAACUUGAUGCAGACUUUCCAGAUCUCUUUGGCUGUCUUUUCACAACGGCCGUUGGAAGACGUUGUCCGCAUGAUCAUACAUUGCGACAAGGAAGUGUUGGACAGUCCUGUCGUCAUGGACUUCUUGCAGAGAGAAGACCUGUGUACCAUUCCUGACAAUACUUCAAAGCUCAUGGCACCUUACAGCAGAGACUGGACUGGACCAGACGCGCUCAAAUCAGCAAGAGAGCAAGACCCUUCAGAACUGACUCGCGAGGACCAGAUUUACCUCUACACAGCCUUCGAGUUGCAUCACUACUGGAAGGCUAGAAUGAGAGCAUUGGCUUUGACCAAGAGCUUCGAGCCAGAAUAUGACGAAGUCUCAGACAAGCUGAAGAUGGUGUGCAACGUUUCAGAAUCACUUCGUGACUCUGUUCGCUUGAUGCCCGUCUUUGGUCUCAUUCUCGAUAUCGGUAACUACAUGAACGACUCCAACAAACAAGCCAUUGGUUUCAAGCUUAGUUCGCUCGCCCGUCUUGGUAUGGUCAAGGNNGAUGAUAAGAACGAGUCUACCUUGAUGGAUUAUGUCGAGCGUGUCGUACGAAGGCAGUAUCCUCAAUGGGAAGGCUUCACUGAAGACAUUGGUGGCGUUGUUGUUGCUGCCAAGUUGAACGUGGACCAGCUAAUGGUUGAUGCUAAGAAGUAUAUCGACAACGUCAAGAACGUGCAAAUGUCCUUGGAUGCUGGUAAUCUCAGCGACCCACGCAGGUUCCAUCCAGAGGAUAGAGUCAGUCAAGUGGUUCAAAGAUCAAUGAAGGAAGCGAGAAGGAAGGCAGAACAGAUGGAGUUGUACCUCGAGGAGAUGAAGAGGACAUACAACGACAUCAUGACCUUCUUUGGCGAUGACAACCAAGACGAAUCGGCGAGGAGAGAAUUCUUCUCCAAGCUGGCUAAUUUCGUCAACGAGUAUAAGGUGAGUUUGAUCAAACAUGUUGUGACCGCUGAACUUGUUACUGACGUCUGCAUUAGANAAUCGCACGAGAAGAACACUGCUCAGGAGGAGACACAACGUCGCAAUGAAGUCUCAAUGCGUCGUAAAGCUCAAGCACAAUCUGCCCUCGAGAAGGCCACUGCAGACCCGUCCGCCCCUCCUUCACCCGCUUCGCAAGGUGCCAUGGAUACGUUGUUAGAGAAGCUUCGCGCCGCCGCUCCUGCUACUAGAGAUACAAGAGACCGCCGACGACGAGCCCGUCUAAAUGAGCGUCAUCAACGCCGCGUAGCUUCUGGUCAACAGAUGCCUGAGAUUGCUGGAGUAACAUCGCCUACAGACGAUGCAACCCUCCUCUCACCAACUUCAGAUAACGCGCCCGAGCGUCCUUCAACUUCAGACAGCACAACACUGUCUCCUCAUGUCGAAGAGAACGACAAGGGUGCCAUCAGCGAAGGAGAAGAUGUGGCAGAUCGAGCAGCAAGUCUUCUACUUGGCCUUCGAGGUAGCACUGGCGACAAUGACGAACCAGCUCUUCCUCGUGACAGUGAGAACCUUCGUGUUCGCCGCCGUCGUGACCACGCAGACAGCGAACGUGAGCGCCGCCGCCGAAGACGCGCACCAGGUACCAGCACCGCUUCAACAGAUGGACGUCCCCAGACUGGCAUCAGCGAGGCUAGUGCCGACCAUCAUGACGACGACAACAAGUCCGAGAUUGGCGACGCCAAAUCAGAUGCCGGAACUGGGGAUGUCGACGAUGGUCUGAAGAUCGAUCUCCAACUCAUGACCCCCAUAACAAGUCCAGCAUUGACGUCUCCACCCAUCACUAUUGUUAGCCCACCUUCACCCACCACGACUGCAGAGAGACGGGAAGUCAGCACGCCACUCGGCAGUCCCAGGUUAUCAUAA